AUGUCUAUUGAAGAAAAACCAAACGAUGCAAAUGAUGAAGAUGUCGAUAGUUUUGCUUCUGAUAUUGACUUUGAGAAUGAAUAUUUUGUUGACGUCGACGAAGAAGACGUUAUUCGAGAUGGUGAAGAUGAAAGUGAAGAUAUUAUAGAAGAGGAAAUUGAAGAAAAUUUAAGUGAACAACAAAUAAAAAUCAGAAAUGAAUUUUUCAAUAUGGAUGAAUCUACACUUCCUAUUCAUGAGUACAAUGAAUUAGUGAGUAAUAGAUUCCUAUCAUAUAUCUGCUCUUAUUUUGCUGAUUAUUUACUUACUUGA